GAGGAAUUUACAGUUUACUCUGUUCCGAAGCGUCGAAGAGUGCAGUGUGCCGCAGCCAGAGUUCAAGAUACAAGAUACUAAGCCACUAAAAUCAGACAGCCAGCAGCGCGCAUAUAGCCUACCGCACAGCAGAAAUCGAACAAAUUGUGCAAACGCCGCAAUAAAACAGUCAACAACAAACCAAAAGGCAAAAAUCACAAAAAAGAAUAUUAAAAGAAAAAGAAUUAUAGCAAUUGUCGAAAGCUGCAAAAUCCGGCAAUUGUGCAACAUCAUUCAAGAAAGCGCGCGCGUUUACCAACAAAAAAAAGCAGAAGAAAACAAAAAGAGGAGAAAAAGAAGUAGAAUUGAAAUUCCCGAUUCAAGUGCAAAUUGAGUGCUGGAAUAUUUGUUUCUGGAAACGAAUCUAAUAACAAAUACAACGAGACGCCGCGUGUGUGAUUGUUGCGUGUGUUGGUGUGUCGCCGUCUCUCCGUCUGUCGGUGUGUCGUCGGUGUGUUGUGCGUGCGUGUGUGUGCCAACUGUCAGAUCCUGUGCGAGUGUGUGUUUGUGUGACAGCAACGAGAGGACAGGAAGCAGAGAAGUGUAGAGGAAGGAGGAGAAAGGAAAGUCCCACACACACAACACGAAGACUGGCCCACAGCAGGCCCAUUGUUGUACCGGCAUUUUAAUGACGUCAUGUCCAGCAGCUGCUUGCAACACUGAAAGCCACAACUUCAGCCACCACAUCUUCCAUCUCUGUCGCUAACAAACGCCGCGCGUGUUUCGUACAACCAAAAAAUAAGUUAAAAAUACAAUUUACCAUAACGAAAAAGAAGGAAAACGAAAACCAGAAAAAGAAAAAGAAACAACAAACAGCCCAGAGUGUAUACCAACAACAAUAAUUCAAAUACAGCAGCACAACAGCACAGCACAGCAGCUUCAACAAAAAAACGAAGCUCCAACAACAGCAACAGAAACAACAACAACAACAACAACGACUAUCGUCGCAUCAUCAGCUGGAACUACCGAAAGAUAAUGUAAAAUCAGCUUGAACAAAAAACAAAAACAAAUACGAAUAUUAACAGCUGCGUCUAUCUAUACACCACACACACACAAACACACUCACAUCUACUAUAUAGUGAUAUAAGAGUUCGAGUUUCCCCCCAAAAACCCCCUCAGAAAUCAGCUAUCAGCUAUAUCCUCCCCAAAAAGCUUUGUGUGCUCCGCAGCAGAAACGUGUAAAACGCUAAGACACAACAACAACAAGCCAUCUAUAUGCUAUAUAUACCUUAUAUAUACACUGAGUGCUGAUCCAAGUUCUAGUGCUGUUUGUUUAUUGCGCGUGUGUGUGUAAACUCGAUCUACAAACUCCAAAAAAAAAAACCAGCAAAGCAAAGCAAAAAAAACUAAAAACGCGUUCUAGUCGCCAGCGCUAAGCUAAAAGUCUAUUUGAAAAGCUAUCCUAGAUCCGUAUAGAGCAUAUAAACCACACACACACACAUCUCUAUCCAUACUCGUAUAUAUAUAUACUAUAUAUUUGUAUCUGUCGAAUACAACGAUCAAAUGGCCAACGUUGUCAAUAUGAACAGCCUUCUCAACGGCAAGGACUCGCGCUGGCUGCAGCUGGAGGUCUGCCGGGAGUUUCAGCGCAACAAGUGCUCGCGCCAGGACACCGAAUGCAAGUUUGCCCCCCCGGCCAAUGUGGAGGUACAGAACGGCAAGGUCACCGCCUGCUACGACAGCAUCAAGGGCCGCUGUAAUCGUGAGAAACCGCCGUGCAAAUAUUUUCAUCCACCACAGCAUCUGAAGGAUCAGCUAUUGAUAAAUGGACGCAAUCAUUUGGCCCUCAAGAAUGCACUGAUGCAACAGAUGGGCAUUGCGCCCGGCCAGCCGGUCAUCUCGGGCCAAGUGCCAGCUGUGGCUACAAAUCCAUACUUGACUGGGAUACCAGCAAACUCGUACAGUCCGUAUUACACAACAGGACAUUUGGUGCCCACUUUGCUGGGACCCGAUCCAUCGGCUGUGGCCUCACAGCUGGGACCUGUGGUGCCGCAGGCGGUGCAGGUGCAACAACAGAAAAUACCACGUUCCGACAGAUUAGAGGUGUGUCGCGAGUUCCUGCGCGGCGCCUGCAAGCGCGCGGAGUCUGAAUGCCGGUUCGCACACCCUCAGGAGAGUGUCGCACGCCAUGACGAUGGCUCCAUCACGGUAUGCAUGGACGCUGUGAAGGGAAGGUGUGCCCGUGAUCCCUGCCGCUACUUUCAUCCCCCCCUGCACCUACAGGCACAAUUAAAAGCGGCCCAAACACGCGCCACCGCUGUCGCUGCUGCAGCUGCGACCUCACCUGUUACGGCACACCAUCACCACGCACACCACCAUCACCAGCAACAACUACAACAGCAACAACAGCAACAGCAGUUGCAACAACAGCUGAACAACAUCAACAACAACAACAACAACUGCAGUGCAGCAACCACAUCAACAACAACAACAACCACAAACAACGCUGCCGCUGCUGCUGCCGCCGCCGCCGCUGCUGCCGCCGCAGCCGCCGUCAUGGGCCAUCACCAUACAGCAGCACUGGAAGUGGGCAAGAAGCGGGCAGCGGACACUGAUCUGUUUCCACUGAUGGAUGUUAAAACGCAAUUCUCUGGAAUGGUACCGUUCAAACGUCCAGCUGGAGAGAAGUCUGGCAUUCCAGUGUAUCAACCCGGUGCGACUACGUAUCAGCAGCUAAUGCAGCCCUAUGUACCAGUCUCAUGUGAGUAUCCCCAACAACAACAACAACAACAACUACAACAACAUCAACAACAACCACAACAACAACAACAAGUACUAGUACUACAACAACAACAACAACAAUUAGCGUUAAGUAGCGCCAUAACAACAACAACUACAACAGCAACAACAACAGCCAGUAAUAAUAUUAAUAAUAAUAAUAACAGUAACAAUGCCAUUCACGUAAAUGCUGUAAUUGCUACUGCUAACAAUCCAUCAUCAAUCACCACAUCCAUCGAUCAAUCAGCAACAGCAGCAGCUGCAGCUGCAGAUCCUGCUAAUAAUCACAGUGACGAUAGUCACGAUAACAGCGAUAACAAUAACGAUAACGAUAAAGCUGAUACUGGCGAUGAUGAUGUUGCUGCUGAUGAAAAAGAGAAUGAUAAUCCACAAGACAGUGAUGAUCCCAAUAAGACAUUGAAUCCAAAUCCAAGUCCCGCUAUCGAUUGUAAUCUAACACAAACAAAUGCACACACCACAGCCACAGCAACAGCAACAGAAGCUGCCACAGACACAGACAUAGACACACAAGAGACACCUGCGACAGCAGCAGCAGCAGCAGUGGCAACAUCAUCCAAUGGUAGCUCUCCCGCCCCCUGUCCAUCCCCAACCACAGACAGCAGCCUUCUGCCCCUGCCCCAGGCUCAGCCCCUACCACCGAAUGGCGAUAAUAACAAUUACUUGUCCUAUAUCAAUAACAAUUUAACCAAUGGCCAGCGGAUCAAGUCCACCAGCCCAACCGAAGAGCCCAUCAAUGGCGAGCCAGACAUUACCCCAUCAUACGUGGCAGCAGCAGCCGCAGCAGGAGCAUCCCUGACCGCGGCUCCUCGCAGCUAUAGCAAACACAAUGGCGACGCCUAUCAGAGGAGCACCAAUGCCACAUACUCCAUGAAUGGACACAGCUCUGGGAUUCUGCCCACACCCACCAGCACAGCCCCCACAGUGUCGUAUCAGUCCCAAGCGCAGGCACAGGCCCAAGCACAGGCACAGGCUCAGGCUCAAGCACAGGCCCAAGCUCAAGCCAGUUUGCAGCGCAUCAACUAUGCCAUGCCCGCCUAUAGCUAUGCCAAUCUGUACUCUCCCUACAACAGCGGCACCUCCUCCAUCGUGAGCAUUGCAGGCAACACGCCCUCCUAUGUCCAAGCCCAAAUGCAGCAGCAGCACCAGCAGGCUCAACAGCAGCAACAACAGGCUCAUGCCCAAGCCCAAGCCCAGGCUCAGGCUCAGGCACAAGCCGCCUAUGCUCAGCAGGCAUAUGCCGCAUAUGCGGCAGCCGCUGGACUCACGCCACAGCCAACGGCAGCAGCUGGCGGCUACUAUGCCGAUCCCGCUGCCCUGGCCAAGGAGGUGGCCCAAAAGAACUACGCGCUCAAGGUGGCCAGUGCUGCCUCGGCAGCGGCCAAGCCGGGCUCCCACUCGGCUGCCGCCUACACUGGCAUGACCCUCAACAAGGGGUAUGUGGCCGCUGCAGCUGCUCCGCAACCCGUUCAGGCGCCCCAACCGCAGGCCGUCUCCAUGGCCACCCUCCUGCAGAUGCAGGCACAAGCGCAAGCCCAGGCACAUGCCCAGGCCCAGAUGCGGCACAUGGGAUCCCUGCCCAAUUCGGGCAUGUCCACACCCAUGGCGCCGGGCACGCCCCUCCGCUCGGCAUCCGCUGGCGGAGCCCAGACCCAGCAGUACUUGUCUGCAGCUGGUGCCGCCUCCGGCGCCCUGUUGCGCGCCCCAUCGCCCAUGCAGUAUGCCGGCGCCCAGGGCUACUUCUACCCGGGAGUAAUGUCCGGUCCGACUGCAGCCGCUGCCGGAUAUGCUGCCUAUGCCAUGCCCUCGAGUCAGGCGGCAGCGGCCCAACAGUAUGCCGCAGCAGCAGCAGCUGCCGCCGCAGCGGCUGCCCAGGGGGGAGCACAAGGUCUGAAUCCCUACAAAAAGAUGAAGACAUCCUAAAAAGUAGACCCAGCCGUCCCAACACAAGACACAAGACACAACUGUACUUAAAAGCUCUCCCGUUAACGAAGAACUCAAACAUCGAAGACGUAAGAAAUAUGUGCCUCAGAAGUAGAACGAUUAGACUUUAGUUUGUAGCCCCCGAACCCAUCAAAGAAGCGAUAGAGAGCAUCCAUGACACACACAAGAUAAAGGUGAAAAGGCUUUUUGAAAAAGCUUUUCCCCAACAUGCACUAACACAAACGCGCGCAUUCGCCUGCUGUACAAAAGAAAAGAUAUCGCUGCCCCUGCCCCCGCCCCAACACCCCCUUACUAACACAAAUGCCGCGCAGCUUGCAACACAACGAAAAGAAAACUUUUUUUGCCAUUAAGUUAUUAACGAAACGAAACGAAACACAAACCUCACAGUGGACUGGAGCUGUUGCCAUUAUUCUCAAAAUGCUAGAAGAAGCUUUCAAAAAGCUGCCACGACAACAGAAAGAGCAACAAAUGUUAUGUUAGAUGAUAGAUUUACUUAAGUUCCUUCUCUGGUUAGCAAUUAGUCAAACACUAAAC